UAUAUGAGUAUAUCUUCUACCAUUGGUACGCCCUUCAAGUGGAGUUCACCCCACAUAUCCAAAGAUACCCCGCAGAAGAUCUGCCUAUCCUGUCAGACAAGGCGUAUUGGGCUCCGAGCACAACCACCAAACGGGAAAUGACAUGUGAAGCUGCACCGAUUAUGGAAGACAAUGAACGGCAUCAAAAGAAUACCUGGUCUGGGAUGAUUAAUGAACCAAGCUACCUACCUAAGGUAGCCGAGGGUAGGUACCUAGGAUGUGAGGACUGUAAAGGUCACAUGUUGAGGAGGGGUCACCCAGUCAUGUGAUUUAUGCGCUAGUAUUUUAGCGCUUUCUUCUUGAACUUCAGCCUUGCGUUCAUCGAUCUUCACAUCAAUUUCAAAAGUCCUCCACUUCAACACCACAACUCUCGACACCCAAUCGCUACACAACAGACAAGAUGGGAUCCGUAGUACUACCACAUCUAAUAACAGGUUGGCAUGUCGACCAGGCUAUCAUGUCGGAGGAGGAGCGUCUGGUGAUUAUCCGCUUCGGUCGUGAUUGGGACCCUGAUUGCAUGCGACAGGAUGAGGUUCUGUACCGCAUCGCCGAUCGUGUCAAGAACUUUGCUGUCAUUUACGUCUGCGACCUCGAUCAAGUUCCCGACUUCAAGCAGAUGUACGAACUCUACGACCCCGUCACCCUAAUGUUCUUCUUCCGAAAUAAACAUAUGAUGUGCGAUUUCGGCACUGGUAACAAUAACAAGUUGAACUGGGUUCUCGAGGACAAGCAAGAGUUGAUCGAUAUUAUCGAGACAAUCUACCGUGGUGCAAAGAAAGGUCGUGGUUUGGUUGUUAGUCCAAAGGAUUACUCGACCAGAUACCGAUACUAGGAGAAGAGUUUCAUACUUGGGCUUUUGCUGGACGGGCGUUGAAUUUGGGAGUUAAUGAUGUACUGGGAUACAGGAGUGCAAGGGUUGGUCUCACAAUGAACACUUUAACUGAACCCGACGAUGCUAAUGCCUGACCAAGACGUGAUUCUGGAUGUUGCACG